AAACAACAGUUUUUUCAAUGUGUUGAUAAUGGUGUGCGUCAAUCGGUUAUAUUAUUAAAUUAUUAAAGCAUUCUCUUAGUACAUUGUUUAUAAAUAAUUUUCCAUUUUUUUAAAUCCUAUUUUUCUUUUACAAAUAAUAAAAAAAAUUUCAAAUGUUGCUUAUUUUAUCUAUAAAUAAAAUCAUCUUAUGUGAACGAAAAUUUAAAGUGUCAAAAAAAACGAAGACUUUUUUUAAUUGAAAGAUUUAAGAAAUAAAAAAAAAAAAAUGUUAAAUCAAGCAGUAGUUGAUGCUCUUUAUUCGGCAACGUAUAUUGAAAAUUAUUUAGACUGGGUUGAAAAUUUACCAGAUGAUUUACAACGACACGUUUCUCGAUCACGAGAAUUGGACGCCACUUGUCAAAAAUUUCUUCGAGAAGUUGAUCAACAAUUGGAAAUUUUGACAAACGAUGUUGAUAGUACAACUCGUAAUAGAGCAUUACUUCGAGUGCAGCAGGCAUUAAUUGCCGCUCAAGAAAUUGGUGAUGAAAAAUUGCAAAUUGUUCAACAAGUUCAAGAUCUUAUAGAAAAUAAAUCUCGACAAUUGGAUUUGGAUUAUCGUAAUUUGGACUUUGGCAAGGAACAGGAAAAUAAUGAAGGAACUAGAGAAACAAAUUCGGUUAUCAAUGCAAAUACAGCAGGUAAUACAAAUAGUACAGAAAGGCCGACAAAACGUGCAAGAAGAACGAGAACGGAGACAUUGGUUGAAUCAGCUCACGCAAUGGAUAUGAUGACAAUGUCAGAAACUCGUUCAGCAAAUAUUCCAAACAAUUCGAAUGGUAAUCAAAAGAAAACGACUGCAGCAACUACUGGUAAAAAAAAGAAACGAAAAGCACGUCAAGGAAAUCAACAAAAUCAACAUCGAGAAGACACACCACCGCCACAGGAAGACGAUUUGGCUAUUGAUCCAGAUGAACCAACAUAUUGUCUUUGUGAUCAAAUUUCAUAUGGUGAAAUGAUAUUGUGCGAUAAUGACUUAUGUCCAAUAGAAUGGUUUCAUUUUUCUUGUGUUUCUUUAACAACAAAACCAAAAGGAAAAUGGUUCUGUCCCAAGUGUAGAGGUGAUCGUCCAAAUGUCAUGAAACCAAAGGCACAAUUUUUAAAAGAACUCGAGAGGUACAAUAAAGAAAAAGAAGAGAAAUCGUAGCAACAGAUUUCAUUUUAUAAAAGUAUAAAGAAUUACUAGAUUAAAAAGAAAUAAAGAAAAAAACACUUUUUCAUUGUUAAAACAUAAAGUCGAUUAACUAAUAAUACUGAUAUAAUAAAUAAAUAUUUGUUACUUUGUCAUAAAAAGAAAACAAUUUUAAUGUUCUAUUUAUACGACUUUGUGAUUUGAUCAUUUUUUUUUAUUUUUAAUAAUAUGAAAAUAAAAUUUAUUUUUCACUAA